UGAAAUCAUUUCGUAUUCAUUCACAACAUUUGGAAAUGGGGCGUAAACUUCAAGCACCACCACCGCCGCCGUCACCAUCGGCGUCGCCGGAAUCCACCUACCCAGCACCACCGCCGUCUUCAUCCGCCAUGUCCGGCGAAGAACGAGUCUCCGUGGAUCGGCGUACGGACUACUCGGUGGUGUGCAAAUGGACGAUCCCGAACUUGGAAAGAACGAAAUCAAAGGCAGUGUAUAGUCCUUACUUGGAAGUCGAAACAUCAGGUAUCGAUUGUCGUCUUGUGGUAUACCCUAGAGGCCAUUCUGAUGCUCUACCUGGUUCUCUCUCUCUCUACCUUCAUCUUAUCGACCCUCCUCGCACUUCCAAAUUGGGUUGUUUCACUUACUACAAACUCUCUAUUCUCAACUCUCUCGAUGAAUCCAAGUCUCUGCAUAGAGAUUCCUACUGUCGAUUCACUUCUAAGAGGAAGUCUCAUGGUUGGUCUGACUUCACUCUCUCUUCAACGGUCCUCGAUCCCCAAUUAGGGUUUAUCUCCAACAAUUUUCUCUUCAUUCUCGCUGAUAUUCGAGUUUUGAAUGAAUCAACCUCGUUUGUACCGGAUACCAAUGAAUCAAAGUUGGCAUCCUCGAGUGUAAGUGUUAGUAGUGGGCAAUUCACUUGGACUAUAAAGAAUUUUGGUUUGUUUAGGGAAAUGAUUAAGACUCAUAAGCUAUUGAGCCCUUCGUUCCCGGUGGAGGAAUGUAAUCUUCGGAUUUCUGUUCAUGGGUAUGUGGCCGAUAAGGUUGAGUAUUUGUAUCUUUGUUUAGAUAGUAAAGAGAUGGAGAAUUUGACUGGUUUUGAAUAUAGGAGCUGUUGGUGCAUGUUUAGAAUGUCAGUGUUGAAUCAUAAAUCAGGUUCCAAGAGCAUUCAUAGGGACUUACAUGGGCGGUUUGGCACAGACGUCAAUUUCGAGGACACUACGUAUAUUGGCUGGUGUAAUUAUAUGAAAAUGUCGAAGUUUAUUGGGUUGGACAACGGUUUUCUUGUUGACGAUACUGCUGUGUUCAGUGUGUCAUUCCAAGCGAUUAAGGAAUCUAGUGGAUGCCUUAAGAUUACCAGGACUCCUGCGGUUAAAAAUUCUAUUAUGCCUAAUAAACCUGAUUGGUAUCAGGGAGGGUUUGUUUGGAAAAUUAAGAAUUUCACAAGGUUGAAGGAUCUUAUGAAGAAGAGGAAGAUCGUGGGUCUAGCUGUUAACAGCAGGAGGUUUCAGAUUGGAAAUCAGGAUUUUCAUCUGGGGGUUUAUCCUAGAGGGUUAUCUCAACCGCCAAGUCACUUUUCAUUUUAUCUCCAAGUUGAUAACCAGAAUAGUUCCCCUGACUGGAGUUGUUUUGUAUCUUAUCGGUUGUCUGUCAAGAACCAGAGGUGCAUGGAUAAAUCUGUUAGUAAGGACUCACUGGACCGUUUCUCCAAUGCUACAAAAGAAUUGGGCUGGUGUGAAUUUUUGACUCUGAAUAGUCUCUUCGAUCAAGACUCCGGGUUUGUUGUUGGCGAUACAAUUCACUUUUGUGCAGAGGUUCUUCUUUUAAAGGAGACAUUUUUAAUGGGUAACACAGAGUUGAGGAAUGCUGGUUUUCCAGUUGAUCAUCUAUCAGGGGAAGGCGAGUUAGUCCUUUGGAUGAUGCAUAACUUCAUGUCUUUCAUUGGCAUAUUAGAAACCAGGAAAAUAGUUAGUCCAGCUUUUGAAGUAGGUGGAUUUCAGCUUCAGAUUGGGGUCUGCAAGUCAUUAGACAGCAUAUGUGCAUUUCUGGAGUGUAAUCCAUCAGUCACAAGUGACUCUGAUAAGAACUUUUUGGUUAGUUACAAGAUGUCUUUGGCAAAUCAAAAGAACCAUGCCAAAAGUAUGUGGAAGGAGACUACUUUCUGUACAAAGUCAAAUAAUAAUUCUGUUAUCCAGUUCAUGAAAGUUUCAGACAUGGUGGACGCAGAUGCUGGAUAUCUUGCUCAUGAAUCAGUUGCUAUCUUGUGUCAGAUUCUCGAUCAUUGCCCGUCGCUUGAGUUUUCAGAACCAGGGACAUACCCGUCUUCAAAUGUGGAUGAUAGUCAGAAUGCAUUUUCAAAUGAUCGUGAUGAAUUUACUCAUUCCAAAUUCAGCGAAGUAAAUAGUGAAAUUGAAGAUGACAUCUUUGAAAGCAUUCUUUUCAGAGCAGGCCUUGACAUUGCUUUGCACCAAGAUUCCUGUUCAGAGUCUUGUAUCAGAAAAAAAAUUUGGAUGGGUGCUGAUUGGAUGUGUCAUACUAUGAAUAAGCUUUGCAUUUACCUUGGUGAACCUGUUAAAGCAAAAGAUUUGCUUAGUGCAGUGAAGAACUUGGAUUGUUGUGAUGUUAAUAGACAUGCUGAAUCUCCACCAUUCCUAAUGAAUUUGUGGACUGUGGUUAAGAUCUCCCAACAGGCAGUUAUUGAUCUACUUCUAGACAUAAUGGUUGAAAGUUGCCAACACUCAGAAACCAGAUCUAGUGUGGAUUGUUAUGAUUCAAGUUUAAAACCUUCUGGGCAUGCCAAUGGAGAUGCCAGUGAAGGACAAUUUCUAAGGCAAAGUGGACCAGAAGAUUCUGGUCAAUCCGCCAAAUAUGAGACCUUGGCCUCUUGGGUGGAUGGAAGUAGCAGCAUGUGUGCAGUUGAGGGCUUGGAGGAGGAGAUAACCGAUAUACCCGAAAAAGCUAUUCUUGCACAACCUCCUUCAGAACUAUCUGCUAUAGCCCUUCUGAAGAUCAAUUCUAUUCAAGAUCUAAAGAUCAAGUGGCCUGAGCAGGCAGAUGAAAUCUUAGAUAUGAUAAUCAAUUCUCUGAAGGCUCUUGAUGGUACUAUUCCAAAAGGUGGUUUAAGGCCAAAUCAAUGGCUUGUAUCUGUACAUAAGAUCUCUCGUGCACUGGACAGAGCUCCAAAACACCUGCAGCCAGACCUAGUCACUUUGGUGCCCAAGCUCGUUGAUCAUUCAGAUAAUCCACUUGCUGCAUCUGUGCUUCUAGAUCAACUAACUAAACCAGAUGCCGACCCUGAAAUCCAAGCACGAGUCUUUGAUGCCAUUAGUCAAUUGGAGUUCAGCAGUGAGGUGUGGGAACUUGUCUUUUUCGUUACUUCCAAAGUGGUGGAAAAGUUCAAUGAUGGAGCACUUGCAACUAUCAUUGGCUUUUUAUUCAAGGCUGCAUCUCAUUGUCAGCAUAUUUCUGAAGCUGCCAUAGUAGUUCAUGCAAUGCUGUGUAGCAUGGGGGUCGAGGUAUCACCCUGUGUGUUGAUUUUCUUAAGCGAAACUGUACGUAGUUGCAGUGAUAUUGCCAUGGCUUUGUUGAGAGAUAUUGAUUUUGGUUUUGAACUUGAUGACAAAUUUUUAGCAAGCUCUGGUGAGCCCUUCUUGUGUGGAGAAGAUAAACUUUUGACAAGAAGGUUGAACAUGAUGGAUGAUCAGGUUCUUGAUGAAGGUCGUCAUUUUUCUGACAUCUAUAUCUUGAUAGAGAUGUUAUCAGUACCUUCCCUCACUAAUGAAGCUUUCCAAACUUUUGAGAGAGCUGUUGCUCAAGGAUCAAUUGUGGUUCAAUUGGUGGCCAAGGUCUUCGAAAGACGCCAUUCUCUAAGAUUAAAUAUUGGUCCAAUGUCUUCUGCUGGAAAAAACCAGCAAACAGAUGAAGUACCGGGUGGAAAAAUUGAGCCAUUUCCUGUUGAAGAAGACGACUUUGCCUUACCUCUUGGUCUUGCUGAAAGAUUCUCUCUCUCUAAUCACUCCAGAGUGCAACAAUUUGCACAGAUGCUUUAUGCUACGUUGUUUAGAUUGUUUGCCGAUGAGAGUAAUUACAAGAGAAUGCUUAAAGGGCUAAUUGAUCGUGCCAUAAACCUCAUAGAAAAUGGUCAUCAAGCAGAUAAAGAUUUCAAUACUUUGCUUUUCUUGGUUAACAAGGAACAGGUUCUAGCUGGAGCAAUUCUAAACAUGAUGAGGGAGGUCGCCAAGGCUGCCAAUGCUGAUUGUGCAACUCUUAGGCAUCAGUUGUCUGCUAGUGAGGACCACAAUUUGCGUAUACAACAAGAAAGACAUGCUGAACAGGCCGAUAUGGUUAGAGAAAAGGCUAUUUUGUUGGAAAGGUUAUGUGAAUCUGAGGCCACUACCAACAAUUAUAAGUUUGAAUUGAAGCUUGAGAUAGAUCGUUUUGCUACGCAAAAGAAGGAACUCUCUAAACGAAUGCAAGAAAUGGAGAGUCAGUUUGAAUGGUUUCAAUCGGAGCAGAACGAUGAGAUUAUGAAGCUAUCCAAAGAGAAUAAAGUGUACAAGGAUCGUCUUCAUAAUUUGGAGACACAACUUUCUCAACUGAAGUCCCGGAGUAGUGAUGAUUUGAAGAUACUUGUAAAAGAGAAGAAUUCUCUUGCUGAAAGGCUGAAGAUUGCAGAGGCUGCAAGGAAGAAAUCUGAUGAGAUAUUGAAACACUAUUAUAGAGAUAACCGGAUUCUACAGGACAAUAAACAUUCAUUUGAGGAUGAGGUCAGGCAAUUGAAAGCAACAGUUGGGCAACUUGAACAAGAGAAGCUGGACAAGGAAGAAAAGAUUAAACAAUGUGAAAUGUACAUCGGUGGGAUGGAAGAAAAACUUGGUGCCUGGCAGAAACAUAUCCAUUCUCUUGAGGUUUUCCUUAGAGAGGAGAUGUCACAACAUGCUCCUCUGUAUGGUGUUGGCUUGGAAGACCUGUCAAUGAAGGAACUAGACACAUUGUCGAGUAUCCAUCAGCAAGGGCUCGAACAGAUAUAUGUCCUCCAGCAACAGAAAGCUAAUCUUGCCGCCAACCCUCCUGCAAACCCCAACACCUUUCCAAGCUCCAGCAGGUCAUAAAAUACUCUCUAUUAACCCAUCUCCGGAUUUGUUUGUAAUCCAGUAUCUGGUCCACCACAACAGUGGACAAGUUUCUUUCAAGGGACUACCUUGGAAUGAUCAAGCAGACGUUCAUUUCCAACAAAUGGCAUCUGGGUGGUCCUGCCUUCUUGACCUCAAGAUCUUACUAGUAUUUCAAAAACUACAGCU